UGGUCAUCAAAAUAUUCUUUUGUAAGUAAUGUUUCAUGUCGCAGUUCAUCAGAACCAACAGCACUUAGUGUUAUUUAUUCUUGUCGACGUCGAAGUUGUACAAUGAUUGUUGCUGCGAAUUCACCUCGACAGUCUACAAUAACCAAUGAACUACCUAUUAAUCUUAAUCUACAACCGCGGCAAAAUUAA